AGAGUUUUGACAUUUGUAGUUUGUACUGUUCCAAGUGGAAUUGUCAAACAAAAUUUUCUCCAAAAUGGUUUUGGAGACAGAGCAAAUGAAUGAGGUUGAUAGUUUGUUGGAAAAACAACGAUCCAAUUUAGAUUUAUUGAAAUCCAGAGUAAAUAGAAGUUCACAACUUGCUUCUGGUAUGGUUGGUAUGUUAAGUUCUUUUGAAGAUAGAUUAGCACGUUUAGAAGAUACUAUUUUACCUGUGUAUCAUGAAACUGAAAGUCUACAACGAUGUCAACAAAAUAUGGAACGUACAUUACAGGCACUAGAUCAUGUUAUAAGUUUGUACAGUGUGUCACAUGAAGUAGAGCAAACUAUUCGUAAAGGUCCAGGAACUCCACCAAAUGGAACUGGAUUGAAUACUUUUUUGUUGGCCAUGAACCGAUUAACUCAAGCUCGAUUAUAUUUUGAGAAAAAUAACUCACAAAGUGUUGAAUUAGAAAAUGUAUCCAGUUUGUAUAACAUUGGCUGCGACGCUCUUAAAGAUGAAUUUAAAGAGCUAUUAUCGAAACAUAGUAAACCAGUUUUACCAAUUGUACUAAUCGAUUUGAUUAGUAUCGACGAAGAUACAUCAAAUGAAGAUUCUCCUGUUUCUCUUCCAAGUUUACCAGAAACUGCUCAAAUGGAGUUGAAUACUUUAUCCUCGUGGUUAUUAAAUGCAGGACGCCAGGAGUGCUUAGAUUCAUGGGCAACAAUUCGAGGUUCAACAGUUGUUAAAUCUUUGAAACAUUUAAAAGACCAUCGUCGAUCGGCUAGUGGCGGAAGUAUUUCAGGAAUGGCUGUAGGUGCUUCACCAAUGAUGCGUGCAAAAUUUCAAAAUCGACAUGAAACUAGUCGUAGACCAUCUACACGACGUUUAAAUAUUUUUGAAAAAAAAGCCAAUAGAAUGCUGCAAAAAGCAUCGCAAACGUUAGAACAUUCCACAGGUUUAUCAUUAGGAAUUCGAAGACCAUCCUCGCAAUUUGAUGGAUCAAAUAUGAAUGAUGAUUUAGAGAGUGAUGCUGAAAUGGAACGUUAUCUUGUAUGUGUUGCUGCCUUACAUCGACUAAUGCAAGCGGAACAAACAUUAAUAAGUUCAAUAAUCCCAACACAGUAUCAGCAUCAAGUGUUUGAAAAAACAAUACGUGAAGCUAUGGAUUUAAUUGUACAAGAUGGCGAGAACAUAGCAACACGUGCAAAGCGUUGUAUAAAUCGUCAUGAUUUUGCAGCUGUUCUAGUUGUAUUUCCAAUUAUAAAGCAAUUACGAGCUUUACGUCCAGAUUUUGAACGCACUGUUGAGCAUUGUGAUUUUACGUUACGUAAUAAAUUCGCUCUUAUUAUUACAAUUUUGGAAGAAACAGCUGCCAAAGCUUUAGAAGAUUUUAUGGAAAGUGUACGUACAGAAGGAAGUGCCUUACCUCCAGAUGGAACUGUUCAUGAACUUACUAGCAACGUUCUUGUAUUUUUAGAACAACUUCGUGAAUGUGGUCCCACAGCUGGUAUUAUAUUAGCUAAAAACUCCGUAUAUACAAAUGCUUUAGCAUUACAUUCCCACUUGCAAUUAGAGACAGCAGGCGACCAACACAAUGCUUUAUUAGGAAUUUACAUAAAAAAAGUUUUGGCUCAAUUAAAUUUAUCGCUUUUGAAUAAAAGUGAAGCUUACAGUGAUCCUGCUUUAAAAGCUAUUUUUAGACUAAAUAAUACUCAUCAUACUUUGGUGACCUUACAACGCUCACGUUUGUUAGCAUUAGCUGCUGUUUUGGAUGCACAAAUUGAACAAGCUUAUCAUGACAUGAUUCAAGAACAUAAACAAGCAUACCAACUAAGUUGGAGCAAACUUUUAAAUUGUAUUUGCAAUUCCGAUGAUACUGCAGUUAAUUUACUUCAAGGUGGUAAAUUACGUGACAAAGAUCGAGCUCUUGUAAAAGAAAAAUUUGCUGCUUUCAAUAAGGAAUUGGAAGAAAUGAGUAAAGUACAACGAGGAUAUUCAAUUCCAGACGUCGAACUUCGUGAAAGUUUAAAACGUGAUAUCAAAGAACAUAUUUUACCCAAAUAUGAUGCCUUCUAUUGCUUAUAUUGCAACGUCCAGUUCACAAAAAAUGCUGAUAAAUAUUUAAAGUAUAAUACAGCACAAGUGUCAGCACUUAUUGACUGUUUGUUUGAUGUUGCUGCGUAGCCUCCUCCUUUACGUUUACGUAAUCGGAGACGUUGCUUAUUUGGAUGUUUUAAAAAGAAUUAAUUGGAGCUUUCUAGGUUGAAUUUUCCAAUAGAGAGUUGUAUAAAUAUAUGAACUAAAAUAUUAAUGAAAAAAUAUAUUUAUUAUACACAAAUUGUACAAUUAUCUACUUUAAAUAUAAAAAAAGCAAUGCAAAUAAACACAUUUUA